CUCACAGAACUCGGCAGCAGGUACAAACAAUAGCUCCCUUGCGGCAAGGAGUUGGCAAUGAUGGGCCGGUGUAUGUGAAAGUGCCUUUUUCCGUGACGGAUUUGAUGGCUUGGAAGCAGGCAGCAGGAGUGUACAGAGAGGAUCCUGAGAGAGUAAGCAGAGUAGUAGAUACUAUAAUCAGAACACAGAAUCCAGAUUGGAGUGAUUUACAGGUAAUUCUAGAUAAUUUGUUGGAUGAUACAGAAAAGCAGAUGGUACUAAAAGCUGGCAAAGCACAAGCAGAAGUGGCUGUAUUAAGUGAAACAACCGGUGGAACAAUAGAGCAGAAUUUUCCAUCUGGGGAUCUGCAAUGGGAUCCAAAUAAUGUGGAACACAGAGAAAGAUUGAAUCGGUAUCAGAAAUGGAUUUUAUAUGGAGUUAGACAUGCCAUGCCUAAAUCGCUGAAUUGGUCUAAGUUAUAUGAGGUGAGACAAGAUAAGAAUGAAUCUCCCUCAGCGUUUCUGGAGAGGCUGAAAGAAGCUGCCAGAAAAUACACUGAUUUCAGAGUAGAAACAGAGGCGGCUCAGAUACAAUUGGCUUUGAUUUUUAUGGGACUGUCGGCACAAGAUAUAAGAAAGAAACUCUAUAAACUUGAAGGAGAGGAUUCGAGAAGUCUGAAUAAAAUGUUAGAAGCAGAAUGGAAAGUAUAUAACAACAGGGAAAAGGAGGAAAGGAAGAGCAGAGAAAACAGAUCGUUGGCUGCAAUGACAGGGACAGCAGGCAGAGGAAGAGGCAGAGGAAGAGUACGAGGAAUAGUUGGAAGGGGAGGAUUUAUGAACUAUGGUAGUCAAAAUUUUAAUACCCCCUUAGGAGUAAAUCAGUGCACUUAUUGUAAAUAA